GCGGGGCCGCGCCGCCGCCCGGGUCCUUCCCCUUGAAGUGACUCCUCCAAGUGAUGUCAGCUGCAUGUGAAAGACAGGGAUCUCACGCGGAGGGGAAGAGGUUUGCCAUCAAAAUGUGACAGCGGAGACAGCGCUGCAUGGCUCGGGAGGCAGCUCCGCGGCGGCGGGGGACAGAGACUUAGAGGAGAGAGAGGCUGCUGCGCCCUGGCCCAGCCCUCGCGCCUCGCCCCGGAGCGCCAUGGCCAGCUCGGCUUCCCUGGAGACCAUGGUGCCCCCGGCCUGUCCCCGCGCCGGAGGAGCGUCGCCGGCCACCUCCAAGACGCUGGCCUUCUCCAUCGAGCGCAUCAUGGCCAAGACGUCGGAGCCCCGCGCGCCCUUCGAGCCCCGGCCCGCCGGGGCGCUGGAGGCAGACGGCGGCGGCCAGGGCAAGAAACUGCUCAACCUCUGCUCGCCGCUGCCCUGCAUGCUCCCCCUGCAGCCCCUGGGCUACGACAUGCCGUCCAAGACGCUGCUCAGCUACUCGGAGCUCUGGAAGAGCAGCCUCCGGGCGGGCGGCGGCGGCGGCGGCGGGGGGGCCCCGGUGUGCGGCGCCAGCGGCUUGUGCAAAACCAACUGUGGCGUGUGCUGCAAGGCCGAGCUGGGCCUGGCGCCCGCCGCGCUGCCCGCCGGCCGCGUCAUCAAGCCGCAGGUCAUCCACCACCACGCGGCCGUGGGGCUGCCGGCCAGCGGCUCGCUCUACUACUUCAACUACCUGGACUCGGCCGCCUACCCGCCCUCCGAGCUGCUGGGCGGCCCUCUCUUCCCCUCCGGCCUCCUCAACGCCGCCGCCGCGGCGCAGGCCCCCGCCACCGCCGCCGCCCUGGCCGCAGCGCACCCCAAGCUCUUCCUGCUGGAGAAUGCCAAGCUGGCCGGCCUGGCCGCGGACAAGUUUGCCCACCCGGCGGCCCCCUACGCCCACAAGGAGCGCCUGCCCGCGCCGCUGGAGCAGGUGCUGAAGGAGAACUCGGCGCUGACUGCCGAGCGAGGCGGCGGCGGCAAGGGCCACCACGGCAAGCUGCCAGGCGGGGCGUCCGCGGAUGGCAAACCCAAGAACUUCACCUGCGAGGUGUGCGGCAAGGUGUUUAACGCCCACUACAACCUCACCCGCCACAUGCCUGUGCACACCGGAGCCAGGCCGUUCGUGUGCAAAGUCUGCGGCAAAGGCUUCCGCCAGGCCAGCACGCUAUGCAGACACAAAAUCAUCCACACCCAGGAAAAGCCUCACAAAUGCAACCAAUGCGGCAAGGCGUUCAACCGCAGCUCCACGCUCAACACGCACAUCCGCAUCCACGCGGGCUACAAGCCCUUCGUCUGCGAGUUCUGCGGCAAAGGCUUCCACCAGAAAGGGAACUACAAGAACCACAAGCUGACCCACAGCGGCGAGAAGCAGUACAAGUGCACCAUCUGCAACAAGGCCUUCCACCAGGUCUACAACCUGACCUUCCACAUGCACACCCACAACGACAAGAAGCCCUUCACCUGCGCCACCUGCGGCAAGGGCUUCUGCAGGAACUUUGACCUCAAGAAGCACGUGCGCAAACUGCAUGACAGCGCGGGCCCCGCCGCCCCGGCCGCCAAGGACCUGGCCCGGACCGUGCAGAGCUGAGCGCGCAGGCCGGCCCCUCCCUCCGGCCCAGACUCUCCGGCCGGCAGAGCGCGCCUGUCCACUCGUGUCUACAAUUCAAAGGGAAGAGACUGUAGCAGAGAGGCUAACUUCUAUUUAUCGAAACCAGCGAAUUUUUGGAAAGUUUAAACGUUUCCUCGAUGACUGGAAGCGAGCAGCCUGGCUCCCACCUUUGUAUAUUCAUUCGGGAAACUUAUUGAAACCUUGUGCGCCGACACGUAUUUCAUUCCGGCCGCCGGCCUGGGACAGCAACGCCUCAGCCGCCAUUCUACAGCCAUGUAAACCCUCCUGUCCAUCCGAACACGGAAUACACACAUAUGUGACUCAAUAAACAGGUCAUUGUGCGCGUUUUCUUUCCCGACCCCGUCCCCUCGCGGCGCCAUCCGCUCAGCAAACGCCGAAGAAGGAGCAGGCAAUGCACAGGGGCAGCGUUUCCCUGCCCAAAGGCGACCUCCUCGGGGCGUCUGGACCCCCUGGGAGGCCAACCCAGUGUUCCUACUGCGCCUGCGCACUAAGACCUCCCCAGCCCCCUUCUCCCCCCCAAAGCUUGGGUGAAAAGGCCUCCACGUGAUGAAAUUUUUCUCUUUGGUGACUGUUCCGACGCUUGGAAUUCUGGGUG